GCGCGCAUCAUUUCCGACGUCCCGCGAAGGCGCCACCAGUCACAGUGGGCGUGUCCCUCGUCGCCAACAUGUCGGCUUAGGAGUUUACAGCUAAACUUUAUCCUCAAUAUUUAAUGACUUCGGGCGUUUAACAAGCGGCAGCUGGAGGAAGAUGGGGUGCAAACGAACCGUGCACCCGCUCGAGUCAUUUCGCAGUGGGUUAUUUAGUCGCUUCGUGUUUUUAGUUGUAUUUAUUAGCUCCAACUUCCCGGCAUGUGGCGGUGAAGGAAUCAGCCCGGAGAGAUGUCUCGUCUGGGGUCCAGGACUGAACCCCGACACGGUGUUACCUGUCCGCUACUUCUACAUCCAGGCGGUCGAUGCCAAGGGACAAAACCUGACUUUGUCUCCAGGUAAAGAUACGUUUAAAGUGAAGAUAAGUCCACUGGACAAGAAUGAGCACAUCCGCAUCCACGUUCCCCCGCCUCUGGACAGAGGGGACGGGUCCUUCCUGAUGAGGUACCGACUCUACGGCACUGCGGCGAAGGGCCUGAAGAUCCAAGUCCUCCACCAAGACGCCCCUGUGGCCAAGUCCCCCUACACCAUGCAAGGCCCGGUGUAUCAUGAAUACUGUGACUGUCCCGAGCCCGAUGCCUCUGUCUGGAAUAGCGUCAUGCACUGUCCCGCUGACGAGCCGCAGAUUCUGGACGACUUCAAGUCUUUUCCCACCAUCGACCUGCAGCACCUCAGACAGGAAGGGCCUCAGAGGUUCGCCAACAGAGGAGGACUCAUUCACUACGCCAUCAUUGACAACCAGGUGUACCGGCGCACACUGGGCAGAUACACCGACUUCAAGAUGUUCUCCGAUGAAAUGCUGCUGUCUCUAACGAGGAAGGUGAGGCUUCCUGACGUGGAGUUUUACAUCAACGUGGGCGACUGGCCGCUGGAGACGAGGAGGGCGGACGCCGUGCCGGUCUUGUCCUGGUGUGGCUCCACAGACACCCGUGACAUCGUCCUCCCCACCUACGAGGUCACACACUCCACCCUGGAGACCUUGAGGGGCGUCACCAAUGACCUGCUGUCUGUCCAAGGCAACACAGGUCCUCCGUGGACAAAUAAAACCGAGCGGGCGUUUUUCCGUGGUCGGGACAGUCGAGAGGAGCGUCUCCAGCUGGUCUCCCUGUCCAAGGCAAACCCAGAGCUGCUGGACGCAGGCAUCACCGGUUGGUUCUUCUUCAGAGACAGGGAGAAACAUGUGGGAAAAGCGCCGCUCGUCGGGUUCUUUGACUUCUUCAAGUAUAAAUACCAGGUGAAUGUGGAUGGAACGGUUGCAGCGUAUCGGUUUCCUUACCUGAUGCUCGGGAACAGUCUGGUCUUGAAGCAGGACUCUCAGUAUUAUGAACAUUUCUACAGCCGCCUGAAGGCAGGUGCUCACUACGUUGAUGUGAAGAGAAACCUUUCAGACCUCUUGGAAAAAAUCAAAUGGGCCAAAGGGAAUGAUGCCGAAGCACAGGAGAUCGCCCUAGCGGGGCAGGCAGCAGCCAGGGAGCUGCUGCAGCCCAGCAGGCUCUACUGCUACUACUACAAAGUGCUGCACAUGUACUCGGAGCGACAGAAGGGACGGCCGGAGCGACACCCAGACAUGGAGCUGGUGCCUCAACCGGACGACCACACGGCGGCAUGCGCAUGUCAACGUGAAAGCCACAAAAAAGAAAUGAAGGAUGAACUAUGAUGGACUCCGUGUUUAGUCUUUAAUUAAUGUAAUUUCUGUCUGAAAACAUUCCUGUGAUUAAAAAAUAGUGAAUAAGACUAAAUGUUAACACCACAGUUUACAGUUAUAACUCCAUGAUUAUACCUGGUGCUUUUAUCUUGAACCUUAAAGACGGCUAUAGGAAUCACUUACAAUAAAAACAAGCAUCACCCUUUUUGAGAUGAAGCUUAAAUGUGAAUUAUUACGUCAUUCCACCUUUUGAGUGUUGUGUUUUUGUGCCUUUUUAAAGAUCUUGUUUGUAGUAGAAGAAGUGGAUCCAUUAAUGUGCCUUCAUAUUGGACAUUUGUUUACAGUACUGAAAUAGACGGUCUUAAAUAAAUACUAUUUUUUGACAGUUUAUUCAUCGAAGAACGUCACUUUUUUUUUU